AUUAGGAUACUGCCAGACAAUUCGUCCCUUCGUUCUGGUAGAGCUGUUAAAAUUUCAGGGUAGAGAAGUACUCCGUCGAAACCCUAAGCAAUCAAAUAAGAUCGAAAGAUGCUGAAAAUUGCAGGGAGGAGGUUCUUGUCUCUUCCAUGGAGGUCCUGCUCUACUCUCUCUCAGUACUAUCGCCUUAAUGAUGGAGUCAGUGUAGCUUCUGAAUCAUCUUCCAUUUCCAGAUCCGUUCCUUCUCUUUCUCCCUUCUCCUUCAAUUCUCAGCUUCCGAAUCUAAUCAGAGGUUUGUCUUCCGAAGCACUCACCCAAGGACAUGAUAUGGGAAUGAUCUCAGGUCUCCCUGCUACUAUGGCAGCUGUGAAGAACCCUACUUCAAAAAUCAUUUACGAUGAGUAUAAUCAUGAGCGUUUCCCACCUGGCGAUCCCAGCAAGCGUGCAUUUGCUUAUUUCGUCUUGACUGGUGGUAGGUUUGUUUAUGCCUCCUUAAUACGUCUUCUGAUCCUCAAGUUUCUUCUCAGCAUGUCAGCCAGCAAAGAUGUCCUUGCCCUUGCCUCCCUUGAGGUUGACCUCUCUAGCAUUGAGCCUGGGACUACUGUUACUGUCAAGUGGAGAGGGAAACCCGUUUUUAUCAGGCGUAGAACCGAAGAUGAUGUCAAGAUGGCUAACAACGUUGACAUUGCAUCGCUUCGUGACCCCCAGGAGGAUGCAGUCAGGGUUAAGAAUCCAGAAUGGCUUAUUGUUGUUGGUGUCUGUACCCAUUUGGGGUGCAUUCCCCUGCCAAAUGCUGGUGACUUUGGUGGUUGGUUCUGCCCAUGCCAUGGCUCACAUUAUGAUGUGUCUGGUAGGAUCCGCAAGGGGCCAGCACCAUACAAUCUAGAGGUACCCACAUACAGCUUCUUGGACGAGAACAAGUUGCUAAUUGGGUGAGAAUUUAUGCAAAGAUUAUUUUUUGUGGAGCAGUAGUCUUGCUGCAAAAUGUCAUGGUAGUAUUUUUCUCGACACAUGAGGACUGAAUUUAUUAUGUUUUUCUGGAUUUUGUAUCUGCUGCCUGUCUUAAGAUGGGCAGAGGUUCUGAAUAAUAAAACAGAAGAUUUGUUGAGCA